UUUAGUCAUUUUCUAUGAAGGAAUCUUUACUUUUACUCAAGUAUGACAAUUGGGUACUUUUUCCACCACUGCCUACAUCAUCAGCAAGCAGCGGUCCUAAGCUGCCAAACCAAGCACUGUGCUGUGAGAGGAAUGCCUGCUGAUUCCCUCCCAUCACAAGGGCCAUGAAAAGGCCUGACGGAUCAGACAGUCAAGAUCGGACACUACUUAAAGUAUGUUUUCUCUCUGCUAGAGCUCUAACGCCACUGAAAACACCUAGCUUCAAAUGGUCUCCUGGUUUAUUAUUGCUCCUGUCACGGUAUUUGUUUGAAUAGUAAUAGUAAAAACAUUAACAGUAAUAAUGUGAAUCAUGUUGAAUCUUGGAUGUGAGGGAGGACAGCCAGCGGAGUGGUUAGGGUCUGGUCUGGGAUUCCCAUCAGGCAGAGAGACUGGCCUGUAACAUGAGCCGCUCCCAGCUGGGCCUUCAAAGCCCAGGCUGCUUGGAGCAGAGCGAGGGGUGCCAAGCAUACUGAGGCGUGUGUUGACAUUUUGGUUUGAAGACAUCAAGCCCCCUACCUCAGCUCUGCAGUACCCAGGCCAGCACCCCCAGUUUGACCUCUCCCCCCCGGCCUCAACCUGUACCUAGAGAGAAGGGGCAGGGGGGAUGAGAGAGAGCAGAUGUUUGUUUUUCUUUGUAUUCAUACAUUACAGAAUUAUUCAAGAGGUUCACUUCAAAGCAUCAAACAUCAGUUAAAGUUCCACUUUGAUGUAUGUUUUCCAAAUUUUGUCAGGGAGAGAGUCCUCUCCUGGGUACUACUUUUCCCCUUUAUCUGUAAAAGUUCCUUUCAAGUUGGGGGAAAUGACCGGUCCUCUUGGCCUACGUUUUAUUUUCUCAUCCAAUAUGUUUGUUAUUUGUUUGUUGUAAAAAAAAAUUUGAUAAGCUAUUUUACCUCUAAAAGUGGCCAAAGACACUAAUUAGAUUUGACAAAAACACCCUUCAGGCACCUUUAAGUCUCAGCCUUGAAAGGCUGUUUUCUGGUAGAGGAAGGAAGAGUUUUUUCCACAUUAGUUAUCAGUGAUGGAUACCAUCCAACCCUUUUAGUACUAGCUGCCUCCGUUUGAUGUUGGUUAUUCAUAGUAUGAUGGGCGCUACAGAUUCUAACAAUGACAGAUCUUCCCCUUUCUUGGCUGCCAUGUCAGUGAAUUUCGUUUAGUUGAUUUAAUUUGCUGUCAUUAAGUUAAUAUUGUCAAUGGCUGGGUCAUUCCAGUACACAGAGAUAUGGAUAACAACAGCAGGAUGUUCAUGUGUUAUCUGGUGGUAGAGCGAGAGGCUCUAUCGCUUCAAUGGUUAUUCGGUAGAUUAUUUGCUGUAGCCUGCAUGUCCCCUUGAUAUCUUCCUCAAACUGAACAUGGUACAGGUCCAAUUUUGAUCUCUGUAUCAUUUUAUAUUACACAAAUGUACAACGUUAUCAGCAGAGGUUUGUUUGAAGAAAACGUUGAUCAAUGUUAUGAUGAGAACUGCAUAACAACAGUUCCCUUCCAGAGCCCAUGCAAGUGUAUUUGUCCGCCCCAGGUAAGUGUGUGGGGGUGUCUUUCUGUGUUUGCUGUGUGAGCGUUGGGGUUAACUGCAGAAAUACAGAUUUUGUGUGUGGUGUGUUUGUAUGUCAGUCAGAAUACAUGGGCUGCUCUCUCUCACCCCAGCUCUCGUGUGUCUGUCUGUGUGCAGUGAUGCUCUUUGCUGUCUUUCUGCACAAGUUUCACAUCGUGCCCCACCGGAGGGGGUUGUUCUGCAAUGACAGCAGCAUCACCCUGUCCCAUAAGAACAGCACGGUGCCCACCACUGCCCUGGUAGCUGUGGGGUUCAUUGUGCCCAUCACCUCCAUCAUCAUUGGGGAGAGCUAUAGGAUCCACUACCUGAACGAGGGCUCCAAGUCCUUCGUAGGGAACCCCUACAUCUCCGCCCUCUACAAGCAGGUGGGUGUGUUCAUCUUCGGCUGUGCAGUCAGCCAAUCGUUCACGGACAUCGCCAAGGUGUCGGUGGGCCGCAUGCGACCCCACUUCCUGGACGUGUGCAAGCCCGAUUGGUCCACCAUCAACUGUUCCCUGGGCUACAUCACAGAUUACCAGUGUCAUGGGCCCGAGAGCAAAGUCCAGGAGGCCAGGAAGUCGUUCUUCUCUGGCCAUGCAUCCUUUUCCAUGUACACCAUGCUGUAUCUGGUGUUCUACCUGCAGUCCAGGUUCACCUGGCGUGGAGCCCGUCUCCUGCGCCCCCUGACCCAGUUCACCCUCAUCAUGAUGUCUUUCUACACCGGCCUGUCCCGCGUGUCUGACCACAAGCAUCACCCCACAGACGUCCUGUCUGGCUUCGCACAGGGAGCCUUGGUGGCCUACUGCAUAGUGUUUUUUGUAUCUGACCUGUUCAAGCCCAGAGGCAGGAGUUCAGCUCUACCAGCGACCCCAGUAAAGAACCCCACCAACCCCAUGACAGACAUCAGAGAGCGGAGCAACCACCUCACCAUGGCAUAGUAGAGACCACUAGAGUCCAGCUACCUACCGCUCUAGGUUUUAAAGAUCACUUACUUCAUCUACUGGUCUAUACUGGAUACGUUCAACAACCAGCUAAAGCAUCAAGACUGAAAACGGACAUGUCUGUAAGGCACAGAGAAAUAAUAAACUGGAAAACAUUGGAGAAAAGAGGAGGGUUGUACACACACACACACACACACACACGUUGUGCCUUUUGAACAGCCAGCAACACCCAUGUUGCUCACCAUCUCAUGUGCCAUGUGAAUGUGGAAGAACGUGGGGAGCACCGCUCUCAAUUUUUAUCCGGAGAACUCCGUUUUUCUAUUGUGUUUUAAUUAGUGAAGGUCUCCAUCCAACCUGCUGCUCUGCAGAUUGACUUAGUCUGGUAACUUCAGGCAACACGGAUUCAGGCUCAUAAUUCUGCCUAUGACAGAAACGCAUGAACAGAAACAAAUUCCUUGAUUACAGGAAGGAUGUUUUUAUUUUAUUUUAUGAAUAACCUUUGUUAUAUAGUCGAGCUAUAGCACUAUAUCCAAACUCGAUAUUUGAUUGUCACCACUUGAAUGAACUGAAAACGUGAAGCUUUUUUGUAAAGCUUUGUAUUAAAACCAGCUUUUAGGUUUGUAUAGAAAUUUAGAUAUAGGUAAUGGAGUUGUGGUAGUGUAUACAGUAGAUAGAGAGGUGGGCCUCUUUCUGCUGGUUGGGACGAGCCCCCACUGAGCCCUGUAAUGAAAUAACUCUGUGUGUGUCAGACGGCUGCUCACAAGUGUUAGGUCAGAGUGACUGUGUGUGUGUGUGUGCGUGUGCUGGGUGUGUGUGUGUGUGUGUGUGUGUGUGUGUGUGUGUGUGUGUGUGUGUGUGUGUGUGUGUGUUUGCGCGUGUCUCGUGUGUCAGUAUCUGAAUGUCAUGUCUAUAUUUGAGUGUGUUUGUGUGUUUUGUCAUAAACGCUUCAGGUUGAAGACCGGGAACAUGAGGCUGCUUCAACAGACGUUAAUAUUAAAAACAGGAAAACUGUGGAAUUAUACUUUCUUAUAGCUUUGUGAUACAUUUUGUAAUGUUUCACAUAUACUGUGCCAACUGCACAACAAAAAAAUAACCCAAUCUCUGUGACAAUAUAGUAUAUCCUGCCCUUUCAUGUCCUUUCAACCACACAGCAAUAUCGGUUUUAUUUUUUUAGAUAAUUUAUGUAUCAGAGAAUUAUGUACAAUAUCAUUUAUCUACCUUUUCAUGAAAUAUCCACUAUGAAUUUUGACGGGUCGAUGCCUGUGUAAUUGUAUAAGUGCUGCUUAAACAAGCAAUGAUUGCCAGA